UGACGGCAGAGGCUUCCCCAUCCCUACGCUAUUAAUUAACUGGCGGUCUACCCUACGAACGAGUUUUUCGCCAAGGUUGACAAUUUGCACGCCCAGUCAAAGUGACGCUUCAGUGACCAGCUCAUUUUCUUGACUCAUCCUAAUAAACCCGCGAUCCUCUUUCUUUUGCGUCUGAGUCUGCGAUCAACUAAUCACUGACCCGCUCAGACCGACGAUAACCUCAUCUCGUCAAUCUUUUCUCGUAAUAUCCACCCCCUUUGCGACCCCGUUCGAAUUGCCGACACAAAGCAAAGCAAAGCGAGCAAAAGCGACCAUGGGUAUCAAGGAUCUAGCUAUUAGCUAUGUGGUGUUUUCCACCAUCCACUUGUUCCUAUUCGCACUGGCUCUGACCACUAUCGGUUUGUAUGGUACCGACCUUCAUAAUGCGAACAAGCAGGGCAAAUACUCUGAUUCUAAGUGGGUCUACGCCGUGGUUGUUGGUAGCAUCUCCGCCGUGACGUGUGUACUCUACUUUAUCCCGUUUGUACUGCGUGUCGCCGGCUUCGUUGUCGCGAUAUGGGACUUUAUUCUAUUCGUCCUCUGGAUCGCCCUCUUUGGCGUCUUUGGCAAGAUGUAUAUCAAUGAGGACGCCGAGGGUGACGGUGGUGUCAGACGCAUGAAGAACGCGGUCUGGGUCGAUCUCGCCAGCGCCCUACUCUGGCUCAUUGCUACCUUGGCGGCCCUGGCCUACUGGUGGAAGCACCGUGACACUCGAUCCCGCUUUACUGGCCGCGCUCGCGUCUGAUCAAACACAAACGGGCGCAUCAAAUCCCCUCAGAAAGAGACG